AGGGGAGAGGGAGGCAUUGUACGUCGGAGUGGAGGCGAAGACCCCGCUAGGCCCUACUACUUUCCACACACAGGGGCUGUCCGAUGGAGACCUGGGCACCACUUUCUGUGCAAUGGUGAGGAGGACCUGCUAGAUGGGCGCGCAGGAGGGGCUAUUGCACUAGUUGGGCACGCAAGAAGCUCUGCCACACUGGCUAGGUGCGCAAGAGCGGCUACUACACUGCGUUGCUCUAGGUGCGUUGGAGGGGCUACUGCAGUUGCUGGGCGCAUAGGUGGGGCGUUGGGUGAGCCUCGCGAGGUGUUGGUCAAGCAGGCUGCAUGUGACGAGGUGGCAGUGCCAAAUGGAUGA